UUGUUUUUAAUUGCUAUAUUUUUAACACGUAACGUAGUGCGCGAGACAAAAUAAUAAAAUAUGUACAUUUAAACAUUUCAAAAAGCCCGCCAAUUAUGUUGAUACCCACUAAUGGGAAUUUGCCACUGGUAGCGCUGAUGUCAACGCUCAGUUUUCGUGAGCCGGACUAUAGUUGUCACUUGUCGGGUUCAGACAUUGGUAUGAGUUAAGGAUUUAACCUACCGUUAUUUAAUUUGCGACCUGAUAUUGUUACUCAAUGUUUUGAACUUUCUUUUUUAUCAUAAUAUUUUACACAAGUUAUUUUAUAAAUACCAUUAAUUUAUGUGUACCUGUUUAAGUAUAAUUGGUUUUUUAUACUUAUUUUGCAAUAGUCAUUUAAUAAUCAAGGGUUACAUACUUAAGUCUUUCAAAUACACCUUGCUUAACCUACUUAACAAUGUCGAUUGUCGAAAAUCUGUCUCAAGACAAUGAAGAUAAAGAUAUUAGUUCAAAAGCCUAUAAAAAGAAUAAUGAAUAUUUAAGUACUCCUGAUUUCGAUAAGUUUAAGGAUGCAUGCCAAAAGACUGGUACAUUUCCUGAUGCAUUACUAAAAGAUAUGGAUAAAAUGUAUGAUACAUGCAUUAGAAGCCAGAACGUUUCAAAUGAAUUAAGUAAUUUAAUUAAAGAAGGAAUUGAAAAUAUUCGUCCAGAAAAAAAGUCAUUUGAUUAUCUGGCUAAAGUGUACAAUAAACUAUUACAGUUAUGGAAUAAUGAUUCUUCUAGCUCCACGACUAAUAAUUGCGUUUCUAAUACAUCAAAAAAUGAGAAUCAAGAUGUUGGUAUGAUUCCAAGUAAUGGAAAUUGUUACAUCAGUCACAAACUUUUUGAUGAGUUGAUUGAAAAAUGUUACGAUAAUGUUAAAUUUCCGAAGUCAAAUAUUGAUACAAUUAAAACAUUGUUUAAAUCAAUACCAUCUGAUUUUACUGAAAGUAAGUUAUUUAUAAAAUUACUGAGAGAAGCAAAUCAAUCAGUUUGGCCUGAUAGUAGUGCAGAAUCAUAUGUACAUCUUGAAAAUAUUUAUGACCAGUUGCGACAAUUUAAGAGUGCUAAAAGGAUCCAAGAUCAAAAAAGUCCUACACCAGAAAAUAAAGAACAAACUCAAAAAAAAAAUGAAAAAAUAAGAAAACUUAGAGAAGCACUUCAGAUAGCUCGCAUAAAAAUAAAAAAAAUUGAUGAAACAGAAAUGUCAAUUAGCAAUUCAGAUGACUUUGAUAACAAUUCACCUUAUAUACUAAAGGACAGGUAUGAAAGAAGAGCAGUUGAAAUUUAUAAAAGGUUGUGCAAACUUACUAAAAAUCCUGUAUUUCUUGAACAACCACUUAUACGUUUCAAAGGAACUGACAAUACAUUGGUGAAUAAAACGAUAGAGAAAUAUUACAAUACACAAAAAGAGUUUCCAGAUUAUAAUGAAGUGUAUGAAUUGUUAGAACGUUUGAAUAAAAAGAAAAAAUUAAAUUGGAGUGAAAAUAAGUUGAGCAACAUAUCUCGAGAUGCGUUCCUUAAACUUGGUAAGCAGCUAAAGCUGAUAAGAGUGAAUGAUUAUAUGAGUCGUAUUUCUGAAAUGAUCACUGAAAAAGAUCCAGCUGAAGAAAAUGAAGAACUAAAAAAAAAAUUAGAAGAAAGUAAUAAAAAAAUGGAUUUAUCAAUGAAUAAGUUGGCCAAGGAAUUUGAACUUAAGCAAAAUAAAAAAGAAGAAACCAAUUGUUCAAGUCGCGGUAACACUGAAUGUGAAAAUAGUAGUUCAGAUGAAGAAUUGAAUGACAAACCGGAAAAAAAAACUAUAUCAUUUUAUAAAACCAAGAAUAUUGAAACAAAAAGGAAACAAUCUCCAAAUUUCAGCAAUAGUGAGGAAACCCAUUCAAAGUGUUCUAAAAAAUUGAAAGUUGCAUCUAUAGACUUAAAACCGUGUGAAAAAAAAUCAGACAAAUAUGUUUUACAAAAUUUAAAAACAAUUAGUGAAAAUGAAAAGACUGAAGUUGAUAUGAAAGAGACAGAUAAUUCUAAAAAUAAUGACAUAAAAAAUAAACAAAAACAAUUAAAAAAUUCUUUUGUUGAAAUUGGUGCUACUGAAGAAAAAAAUGUUGGAUUAAAAAAUAAUAACAAUUGUACUGAUGUUCAAACAAUUAGCGAUGAAAGUGUAGGUGAUCCUAUCAUUAAUGAAUCAGAAGUUGUACCACAAGAGUUAUUAAAAAAUGAAGACAAAGUUAUAGAAAUUAUUGAGCACGAUGGUUCUGGAUCUGAUUUAGAAAUGACUGUUUGUGAUAUGCCCAAUCUUCCAGUGAUUCACAAAAGAAGUCAAAUGGAUACAAAAAAUAAAUCAAAUUUUAAUAAAAAAAAUAACUGGCAUGGGAAUGUACAAAAUGAAGUAAAAAAUGGCAUGCCUAAAAUGUCUAGAUCUCCACAAAUUUAUCGAAGUGUGAAUAACACUCAAAUCCCAUCAAAUUCUAAAGAAGGAAAUGUAUACAACCAAUGGCUUAAACAUACAGGUGCAGUUCCACAAAGUGGUUUAUCAACAAAAUGUCUAAGUCCAAGAGUUGGGUUACCAUAUAGUAGACCAGUAACGUUUCAUACUAAUAUGCAGCAAAGGCAAGUUAAACAACAUAUAGUUCAGCAACAGCACCACAAAGGUUACAAUCAAGUAACAAGAAUGACUACAACUACUACUGUAGUCGAACAGUCUGCACAUCAAAUUAGUUAUAGACUACCUACUCCUCACAUGCAUCGAGCUCGUCACGUGUUACCUAGAAAUCGACAGAUCAACAAGUCACCGGAAUUAAUAGAAUUAGAUUAAUUUUGUCGAAUUGAAAAUCUAUAAAUCUAUAAUAUUUUAUUAAUACAUAUUUACUUAUUGUGCGAUUAAAUAUCUUUUGUAUUCAUUGAGGUUAUAUCAUUGUAAAUAAGAUUUACAGUAUAUACACUGUGUAUUAUCUUUUGUAUUUAAAAAAUUAAAUUUUAGUUUCCAAAAAUUAAACCAAAAUUAUAAUUGUAUUAA